AUGACAGAGGAAAUAGCGUAUGCAGAUCUGGAAUUUAAUAAAUCUUAUGCACAGGAAAAUAUCCCAAAGCCUCCCACUCCUGAGGAAAAAGGUCUCCUCACUUCAUUCCCAUGGCGUCUGGCUGCCCUGACUUUGCUCACAUUGUGUCUGGCAUUAACGGUAGGACUGCUAGCCCUGGGGGUAAUCUUUUUCCAGGUUACCAGCAUCUGCCAGGAAGAGAAUGUAAAACUCAAAGAGAAGGAGAAAGCUCUGCAAACAAAUUUCUCAAGCACGCUGGAAGAAAUAAGAGAGAGUUUGUGUUUGGAAGGGGAAGCGAAGAAUAAAAAUAAUGGAAUGAGUUGUAUACUCUGUCCCACAAACUGGCAACGAAUGGGAGACAACACCUGUUACUACAAUUCUUCAGAGAAGAAGACAUGGAACGGGAGUCGGAACUUCUGUGCCUCACAAAAUUCCACCCUUCUCAUGAUAAAAGACAAGGAGAAGCUGGAAAAUGUUAGUCGAUAUUGUAUUAAAGAACAUUACUGGAUUGGAUUAUCACGACGUAACACUGAAAGGCCUGGUUGGUUUUGGGAGGACCCCACAGCUCUUUCUACAUCAGAAAAGGGAAUCUCUAUUUAUAGGCGCAACAAUCCCUGUGCAUAUCUGUGGGAUAAAUACAUUUAUGUGGAUCAGCGCUGUGAUGAGAACAAUUUCUGGAUCUGUGAGAAGGCACCCCUCCAGCUGUGGUUCACAGACAAUCAGUAG